AUGAUCCGUUUCCUGCUGAUGCAAAACCGCCAAGGGAAGACGCGGCUGGCGAAGUACUACGUCCCCCUGGACGACGACGAGAAGCACCAGCUCGAGUACGAGGUGCACCGCCUGGUCGUGAACCGAGAUCCGAAGUUCACCAACUUCGUCGAGUUUCGAAAUUACAAAAUCAUCUACCGGCGGUACGCCGGCCUCUUCUUUUCGCUGUGCGUGGACGUCAACGACAACGAGCUCGCGCUCCUGGAAGCGAUCCACCUCUUCGUCGAGGUGUUGGACCACUACUUCGGCAGCGUGUGCGAGCUGGACCUGGUGUUUAACUUUCACAAGGCGUACACCGUCAUCGACGAGUUCAUCCUCGCGGGGGAGAUCCAGGCGCGUUCUAUACACUGGUCCCCAUACGACCGCGAGACGUCCAAGAAGCAGAUCAUGGAGCGUCUGGAGGAGCUCGAGAAGGUGAAGGACUGA